CCGCUGGGCGGCCCCGGCCCCGCCUCGGAAGCGUCCGCAAUACAGGAGCUGCUGGACGGUCUGCGGGACACAGUUUCAGAGCUGCAGGAAGCCCAGAUGGCCCUGGGACCCCUCCAGCAGGGCCACAGCCCCGCAGAAUCCUGGGAGGCCCAGGAGGAACCCCCUGCGAGGGUCCUUGCGCCCCGUGACAAUGUCCUCGGGGCCCUGAGACGACUAGGCAGUUCCAAGAUGAUGCGUGAUUCAAGGUGCUUUGGCCGGAGGCUGGACCGGAUUGGCUCCCUCAGUGGCCUGGGCUGCAAUGUGCUGAGAAGGCAUUAA